AAAAGGACUAGCUGGAACCAGCAAAGCACAAUGGCUCACACCAGUUUGCUGCAGGGGAAGCGCUUUUACUGCCGGGAAUGGGUCUUUCACAAGAUCCAGCAUUGCCUUCAGGAAAAAAGCAGCAACCUGAGCGGGGUGACCGGCACGCCUGGUAAGCAGCCUCCCGGCAGUGGAGUGACCAACCCGAGUGGCCAGACGUCGGCCUCUGUGAAAAGCGGGAACUCCUGGGGGGUGUUGCUGGUCGGCGGACCCGGUAGCGGGAAAACGGCUCUGUGCACAGAGCUGCUUUGGCCCACGUCAACGCAGGGAGCUCAGCGAGGACUGCAUCAGCAGGGCCUAGCUUUCCACUUCUGCCGGGCGGAUGACUCGGACACGUUGUGCGUCGCAAGCUUUAUCCGUGGCCUGGUGGCGCAAAUCUGCCGCAGCGGGCUGGUGCCAGGAUACGAGGAGAAGGUGCGCGAUCCGGCCGUGCAGGCCGCACUUCAGCCGGGCGAGUGUGAGAGGAAUCCCACAGAGGCUUUCAAAAGAUGCGUGCUCUUGCCUCUCCUGAGCGCAAAGCCGCCACCGCAGGCUCUCUUCCUGCUGGUGGACUCUGUGGACGAGGGUAAUCAGUUGGGUGAAACAGAGCAGAGGUCGCCGCCCGGCUCCCCAAGGACCAUCGCUGAGCUCCUCGCUAGCCAUCACGAGUUCCUGCCACCGUGGUUUCUACUCAUCUGCUCUGCACGGAGACAGAACAAGGCUGUUACUAAACUUUUCACAGGAUUCCGCAAAAUCAGCCUUGAUGAUCUGCGCAAGGCCUACAUCGUCAAGGACGUGCAACAGUACAUCCUCCACCGUCUGGACCAGGAGGAGGCCCUGAGGCAGCAUCUCACCAAGGAGACUGCAGAGAUGCUCAACCAGCUCCACAUCAAAAGCAGCGGGUGCUUCCUUUACCUGGAGCGAGUGCUGGACGGUGUGGUGGAGAACUUCAUCAUGCUGCGUGAGAUACGUGACAUCCCGGGCACGCUCAACGGCCUCUACCUGUGGCUUUGCCAGAGACUGUUUGUCAGGAAACAAUUUGCCAAAGUCCAGCCCAUUCUCAACGUAAUCCUGGCCACGUGCAGACCACUCACAGUCAAGGAACUGUAUCACGCUGUCUGGACCAAAAACACUACACUGACAAUGGAAGAGUUUCAGAAAAAGAUGGACAUCCUCUCCAAAUUGUUGGUAGACGGUUUAAGGAGCACUAAAAUCCUUUUCCAUUACAGUUUUGCCGAGUGGCUGUUGGACGUAAAGCAUUGCACACAAAAGUACCUAUGUAAUGCCGCAGAGGGGCAUCGGAUGUUAGCUAUGAGUUACACCUGCCGCGCAAAGCAGCUCAAACCCCUGGAAGUGCAGGAAUUUGCUCUUCACUUGGUCAAUUCCAAUCUGCAAAUGGAGCCAUUCAAUCUGGCUCUUUGGAUGGUAUGGAAUGGGACCCCUGCCAAAGACUCUCUGACCGCCUCCAUACCAAGGGAGCAGGAGGUUUUGCAACUUCUGGUCAAAGCCGGCGCUCACGUGAACAACGAAGAUGACCAUGCCUCAUGCAUUGUACAACAGGCACUUGAGAGAGAGGACUCCAUACGGACUUUACUGGACAACGGUGCCUCUGUGAACCAGUGCGACUCAAACGCUAGAACUCUACUCUCCAAUGCAGCAUACAGCGGCAACCUCGAUGUCGUUACCUUGCUCAUCUCCAGAGGAGCUAACAUGGAGCUGGAGGACAACCACGGGCAAACAGCGCUCACCCUUGCCGCCAGGCAGGGCCACACUAAAGUGGUCAACUGCCUCAUUGGCUGCGAGGCCAAUAUCAAUCACACAGAUCAUGACGGUUGGACUGCACUGCGCUCCGCUGCGUGGGGGGGACACUCUGAGGUGGUGUCUGCUCUGCUGUAUGCCGGCGCCAAAGUAGACUGCGCUGAUGCUGACGGCAGGACGGCCUUGAGGGCGGCGGCUUGGGGGGGCCACGAGGACAUAGUUCUAAAUCUCCUUCAGCAUGGAGCAGAAGUAAACAAGGCUGACAACGAAGGAAGAACGGCCCUCAUUGCCGCUGCAUACAUGGGACACAGGGAGAUAGUGGAACACCUCCUGGACCACGGGGCGGAAGUCAACCAUGAGGAUGUUGAUGGUCGGACUGCUCUCUCGGUGGCAGCUCUCUGCAUCCCAGCCAGUAAAGGCCAUGCUUCUGUGGUGAGUCUUCUCAUCGACAGGGGGGCAGAGGUGGACCACUGCGACAAAGACUGCAUGACUCCUCUCCUGGUGGCUGGCUAUGAGGGACAUGUGGAUGUUGUUGAUCUGCUUCUGGAAGGAGGCGCUGACGUAGACCACACAGACAACAAUGGGCGCACGCCUCUUCUCGCCGCUGCGUCCAUGGGCCACGCAUCUGUCGUCAACACACUGCUGUUCUGGGGCGCGGCGGUUGACAGUAUCGACAGCGAGGGCAGGACAGUGCUGAGCAUCGCGUCCGCUCAGGGCAAUGUGGAGGUUGUCCGGACUCUGCUGGACAGAGGUCUGGACGAGAACCACCGUGAUGACGCGGGAUGGACGCCUCUACAUAUGGCAUCCUUCGAAGGACACCGGCAAGUGUGCGAAGCCCUUAUCGACCAAGGUGCCCGAUGCACAGAGGUGGACAAUGAUGGCAGAAUACAGCUGAUACUAGCUGCGCAAGAGGGACACUAUGACUGCGUCCAGAUCCUCCUAGACAACAAGUCUUGUAUAGACCAACGAGGCUACGACGGUAGGAACGCGCUCAGAGUGGCAGCCCUGGAAGGUCACCGGGACAUCGUGGAGCUUCUGCUGAGCCAUGGUGCCGACAUAGACCACAAGGACGCUGACGGACGCCCGACCCUUUACAUCCUGGCGUUGGAAAACCAUCUAGCAAUGUCGGAGUACUUCCUGGAGAAUGGUGCCAACGUAGAGGCAUGUGACAUGGAGGGCAGGACGGCACUCCACGUGUCCUGCUGGCAGGGUCAUUUAGAGACUGUGCGGCUGCUCAUCAACUACCAUGCUGAUGUCAACGCCAGUGACAACGAGAAGCGCUCUGCUCUGCAGUCGGCUGCUUGGCAAGGACACACCAAAGUCGUGCAAUUCCUGAUAGAAAAUGGCACACGGGUCGAUCACACGUGCAACCAGGGCGCGACAGCCUUGGGCAUUGCUGCCCAGGAAGGUCACAUCGACGUGGUCCAAAUUCUUCUUGAAAAUGGUGCCGACCCAAACCACGCCGACCAGUUUGGACGCACAGCAAUGAAAGUGGCAGCCAAAGGUGGACACUCAGCCAUUAUCAAACUUUUGGAAAAGUACGGCGCCACAACUCUGAACGGCAGCAAUCCAUCUCCAGUGCAUACUAUGGAUGACAAAAUGACUGGGAAAAUGCAGUCACUCACCAUCAAGUCUAGUAGUUCCGGCAGCACCGGCGCAGGAGACCUGCAGCCGACGGGACGCACUCUCACCAACGGGCCCGUCCACGCAUUCAGUUCGCCUUCGGAAUCCCCCGACUCCACAGUGGACAGACAGAAAUUAUCACUGUCUAACAAUUCACUAAAGAGCUCCCAGAAUUCCUCCCUGAGGACCACAUCAUCUACAGCCACGGCACAGACUGUUCCCAUCGACAGCUUCCACGGCAUGACUUUCACCGAACAAAUCCAGCAGCACUCGCUUCCCCGCAGUCGCAGUAGACAGUCUAUCGUCUCGCCUUCCUCCACCACAAAAUCUAUCAAUCAGCAGCCACCGCCAUCGCCCUCCAAUGAUUUUGACUGGUCAAUGCUGAAACCUGGUCUCAAGUCAACAAAGGGAACCAAGAUUGUAAACGGCAUGGCAAACACCAAAGGAGGGUUAGACAAGAAAAAAUCUAAGAACGCUGGGGCUAUGCAAGGCCAGGUCCUUGAGUACGAGAUGACCCAGUUGGACAAACGCCUCGCCCUCAAUAAAUCGGCCGCUAAAGACUGCAAGGUGGUGAUCGGAGGCUCGGUGCAGCAAGAUCAGCUUUUUAUCCACAAACAAAGCUGCGCUGAAAAGAAACGCAAUGGCAUCAUGACCAACCCUAAUUACCACCUCCAGGGUCACCAGGUCUUCCUGGGACGGGUGUCGGUUCCUCGCACCGCCCAGAACCGAGGUCACCACCAAGACGUUCUUGAAAGCUACCCUGUCGGGGAAACGGAGCUAAGUCUUAAACAAGCCCUCAGACUGCAGAUUGAAGGAUCAGACCCCGGCUUCAACUACAAAAAGGAGACCCCUUUAUAG